UUUAAAUUUCAUCAUUCAUUAUUCAUUAUUAGAUCGUUUCGCUUCCAGCUAAUGAUGUCAUCACAGAUCUGUUUGGUCUUCAUGGCCUUCAUGGGCUCCAGCGUAUCAGAGAAACUGUUCCACAGUCGAGAUCAUUCGGAUGUAGAGAUGUUCUCCUCUCACCUGGCUGAGCUCGUCACUGAUAUGGACACUGCUCAGCACUUCCUCUUCAAGUAUGGGUUUAUGAAACCAGUGAAUUGGGAACACACACAAAGCCCCGGAGUCGAUACUUUAACUGAUUCUGACAUCUUCUUAGAGGACACAGUUCAGGACCAGACUUCCUUUACUCACUCGGAGGACACCCAACAUCUCCCAGAGUCACCUGACUUUAUCGGAGCUCUGCUGGAGUUCCAGCAAGUGUCUGGUUUACCCGUUACAGGUGUGUUCGAUGACGCCACGAAGGUGGCCAUGAACAAACCACGAUGUGGCGUCUCUGACAAGGAAGAGGACCAGAUUGAAACCACGGAGACCAGCACUACUGCAGAGGACCUAAACGAAUCCUCUGAGCCUUUUAACAUCACAGCGACACCACAGAGUAACAACACAGACAUCGACGUAGCUCAGAACAACACCUCUGACGAAGCAGAGACAGAAAAACAGCACCACCUACAGACACCGAUACGUAAGAGCAGUAGGAUUAAAAGAAGCACCAAUGCGUUGUGGGGUCAUGCUGCGUUCUCUAAGAACAUCCUGACAUGGAGACUGAUUGGUGAAGGCUACAGCAGCCAGCUCUCGGUGGAAGAGCAGCGCCACAUCUUCAGGCUGGCUUUUAGGAUGUGGAGCGAAAUCUCACCUCUGCAGUUCAUAGAGGAUCUGCAUUCACCACCGGACGAGAUCGACAUCAGGCUGGGCUUCGGCACAGGUCGCCACUUUGGAUGCGCUCAGAGUUUUGAUGGUGCUGGAAGGGAGUUUGCUCAUGCCUGGUUUCUGGGUGACAUCCAUUUUGAUGAUGAUGAACAUUUCACCGCUCCCAACGCUGGAAACGGGAUCAGCUUGCUUAAGGUAGCUGUGCAUGAGAUCGGCCACGUGCUGGGUCUUCCUCACAUUUACCGCUCAGGAUCCAUCAUGCAGCCCAGCUAUCGACCACAGGAUGACGGCUUUGAGCUCGACUGGCUCGACAGGAAGGCCAUUCAGAACCUCUACGGAGGCUGCGGCGGUCGCUUCAGCACUGUGUUCGAUUGGAUCAGAAAGGAGAGAACGGCGUAUGGUGAAGUGGUCGUGCGCUUUAACACCUACUUCAUGCGUAACGGUUUGUACUGGCUCUAUGAGAACCGCAGCAACAGAACACGUUACGGAGAUCCCGUCUCCGUGCAGGUCGGUUGGCACGGACUCCCGUCUUCCGGCGUGGACGCCUACGUGCACGUGUGGAGCCGCGACACGGACGCUGCGUAUUUCUUCAAAGGAUCUCAGUACUGGAGAUACGACAGCCAGAACGAUCAGGUCUUCUCUGAAGACGCAGAUGGCCAACGUUACCCUCGUCUUAUCUCCGAGGGCUUCCCAGGCGUACCGAGCCCCGUCGACACGGCCUACUACGACAGGAGAGAUGCUCACAUUUACUUCUUCAGAGGUUCCUUGGUUUAUAGGUUCAGCGUCCAAGCUAACAAGCUAGCAGCUACUCAGAAAAUGACCGAGCUGUUUCCUGCCCUGACCCCAGGUGACCAUCCCACAAGUAACCUGGAUGCCGCGUAUUUCUCCUACUCACACAACACCCUCUUCCUGAUAAAGGGCGCCUCCUACUGGAGGGUGGUGGGAAAAAGGGCACGCAAGAUGAAGCGCUCACUGCCCUACAACAGCCUGCUGCCAGCUCGAGAGGUGCAGAAGCAGUGGUUCGACAUCUGUGAUGUCCACACCAGCGCCCUGAAAACCGAACGCCGAUGA